AGUAACGACUGUUGACGCAACAUUAAACGCUGCUGGCAUGGAUACUAAUCUACAGAAGCUUUACUGUAUGCUGCUCGUUGUUUUUCUACUUGCCACCAGAAUGGCAGCAGGCAUGCUGGCAGCCUCAUUAGCAGCCAUAGAUGGAGUAGAUGCACUGGAGUUGCAACUGCAACAGGAACAGAUGCCAGCUGAAGUUGUACUCCACAUGGUGCCAGCAUCAGCACGCGGCAGUUUUCUGCUCUACCAAUUAGCAAAAGCCAUAAAUUCUGGCCAUCUACUUGAGCUGGAGUUCGAGCAGGAGCAGGAGCAGGAGCAGGAGUUGGUGCUGGAACAUGAGCUGAUUGUGGAGCAGCAAGUGGAUGUGGACUCCAGCUGGCUGGCCGCAAUGGCAAAUGAAUUUCAGAGUGUUCCCGUUUAUGAAGACUUUCCUAUGGACUUUCAGAACUGGCUAAUUGAUAGUUUUGGCCUCAAUGCCGUCGAUGUCUAUCAGGGCUGGCUCAGGGCACGAUCUGGCCGUGGUCAAGUGAUCUGCAAUGCCGUUGGACAAUGCUUUGAGGUGGCUCAAAUACUUAGUUCGUGUUGUCCCUUUUGAGUUUAAUAAAUGUAUUUAAAAUCGUUA